AGACUGGAACAGUGUCAUGACAGUUGCACCGGUGGCAUGCUCCAGAAGCACUUGUCAGUUGGACAACCAUUGACCAGCCCUGGGUCGUGAAUGAGUAAAUACACUAUAGCCUGACGGACACUCUCUGAUUACCAUAUCAGAACCACUUGGCAAAUACCCCCGUUAAUAGCGUGCUCCGCCUCCAUAAAGACUGCCUUGCCCUUCAACUCUCCGUUCCCAACGCAUCCCUUCGAUCUUCAAACUCCAGUAUCCACCGCUUAUAUAUCAUAUUCAGCAAUCAUGGUGAACUUUACCGUAGACCAGGUUCGCGCGCUUAUGGACAAGCCUACCAACAUCCGCAACAUGAGUGUCAUCGCUCAUGUCGACCACGGCAAAUCUACUCUGACUGAUUCUUUGGUUUCAAAGGCUGGUAUUAUUGCUGCCAAGAAGGCGGGAGAAGCGCUCUUCACCGAUACAAGGCCCGAUGAAAAGGAGCGUGGUAUUACCAUCAAAUCCACUGCGAUCUCUAUGUAUUUCGAGGUCGAUAAAGAGGAAGUAUCCGCCAUCAAGCAGAAAACAGAGGGUAACGAGUUCCUGAUCAAUCUGAUUGAUUCUCCGGGUCACGUCGACUUUUCGUCCGAGGUCACCGCAGCUCUCCGUGUCACCGAUGGCGCCCUGGUUGUCGUUGACUGCGUUGAGGGUGUAUCCGUUCAAACGGAGACAGUCCUCCGUCAAGCUUUGACGGAGCGUAUCAAACCUGUCGUAAUCAUCAACAAGGUCGACCGCGCCCUUCUCGAAUUGCAAGUGUCUAAGGAAGACCUAUUUCAGUCAUUCUCUCGUACCAUUGAAUCCGUGAACGUCAUCAUUGCCACGUAUCAAGAUGCGGUACUCGGCGAUGUACAAGUCGCGCCAGAGAAGUGUACCGUUGCUUUUGGAUCUGGCCUGCAGGGCUGGGCUUUCACUCUGCGCCAGUUCGCUGCCCGCUACAGCAUGAAGUUCGGGGUGGACAAGGACAAGAUGAUAGCAAAGCUGUGGGGAGAAAACUAUUUCAACCCCGCAAACCACAAGUGGACAACAAAGGCUACUGCAGAAGAUGGUACGCCCUUGGAGCGCGCUUUCAACAUGUUCAUUCUCGAUCCCAUUUUCAACAUUUUCAAGGCUACCAUGAGCCUCCAAAAAGAUCAUCUCUUUAGCAUGCUGGAAAAGCUCGACGUCAAGCUUCUACCCGAGGAAAAGGCUCUGGAGGGCAAGGCUUUGCUGAAGGUGGCGAUGCGCAAAUUCCUCCCUGCGGGUGACUCUCUAUUAGAAAUGAUUGUUCUCAACUUACCAUCUCCGCAAACCGCUCAGAGGUAUCGCGUUGAGACCUUGUACGAAGGACCGAUGGACGAUGAAUCUGCCAUUGGUAUUCGCGAUUGCGAUCCCAAGGGGCCUCUUGUUUUGUACGUCUCCAAAAUGGUUCCCGCUCCCGAUAAGGGACGUUUCUACGCAUUCGGCCGUGUCUUCUCCGGCACUGUCAAGGCCGGACCCAAGAUCCGUAUCCAAGGUCCUAACUACGUUCCGGGGAAGAAAGAGGAUCUCUUCAUCAAGUCUGUGCAGCGUACGGUUCUCAUGAUGGGUCCAUCCGUAGAGCCCAUCCAGGAUUGCCCAGCUGGUAACAUUGUUGGCCUUGUUGGCGUCGACCAAUUCCUGCUCAAGUCAGGAACUUUGACCUCCUCGGAGACGGCGCACAAUAUCAAGGUUAUGAAGUUCUCCGUUUCCCCUGUGGUUCAGGUCGCUGUCGAGGUCAAGAACGCUGCGGAUCUUCCCAAACUAGUCGAAGGCUUGAAGCGUCUAACCAAGUCUGAUCCUUGCGUCCAAACGUGGACCACGGAGACCGGAGAACACAUCGUUGCCGGUGCUGGUGAGCUUCACCUCGAGAUUUGCCUGAACGAUCUCGAAGAGGAUCAUGCUGGUGUGCCUCUCAGAACGUCAAAUCCAGUCGUUGGCUAUUGCGAAACUGUCCAAGCGGAGUCAUCCAUGGUCGCUUUGUCCAAGUCCCAGAACAAGCACAAUCGCCUAUAUGCCAAGGCCUCUCCUCUUGACGAGGAAUUGACCAAGGACAUCGAAGAUAACAAGGUCACACCCCACGAAGAUUUCAAAGUCCGUGCUCGCGUUCUCGCCGACGAAUACGGUUGGGAUGUCACCGAUGCACGGAGGAUCUGGUGCUUUGGCCCUGAUAACAUGGGACCCAACCUGAUGGUCGAUGUCACUAAAGGUGUACAGUAUCUCAACGAGAUCAAGGACUCUUGUGUUGCGGGUUUCCAAUGGGCGACCAAGUCAGGUGUCUGUGCCGAAGAGAAGAUGCGCGGCGUCCGCCUGAACAUUGUUGACGUUACUUUGCAUUCCGAUUCAAUUCAUCGUGGGAGCGGGCAAAUCAUGCCCACACUCCGCAGGGUUACAUAUGCUGCCUGCCUACUCGCUAAACCCGCCCUACAAGAGCCCGUCUAUCUUGUCGAAAUCCAAUGUCCUGAUACCAGCAUCGGUGGUAUCUACUCGGUGCUCAACAAGCGUCGUGGACAGGUCUUAUCUGAGGAGCCGGUGCGGGUCGGCACGCCGAUGUUGACAGUCAAGGCGUACCUGCCUGUGAUGGAGUCGUUCGGGUUUAACGCCGACCUCCGUCAGGCUACCUCGGGACAGGCUUUCCCACAGAGCGUGUUCGACCAUUGGGAGCUCAUGAGCGGUUCUCCUUUGGACAAAGGCUCUAAGGUCGAGGAGAUGGUUAAGGCCAUCCGUAUAAGGAAGGGUCUGAAGCCUGAGAUUCCUACUCUGGAUAUGUACUAUGACAAGCUGUAGUCUGGAUGGUCGUGGUGGCUGAAGUAACCUUUUUGUUUUACUUCGUUGUUAUCUGUUUUGAAAUAAAGAGAUGCUUCGUGUACGC